AUCUAUGAACGUCAAUAUGGCGUCAACAGAAAAACAUGUGGUUGAAUACGAAGGCAGUAAUUUUCUACGCCAGCGCUUAGUAUUAUCUACAGUUAGUGGGAAACCAGUGCGGAUUAGUAACAUACGAUCUCUCGACGAUGAUCCUGGACUAAAGGAAUAUGAAGUGAAUCUGAUUAGGUUGUUGGACAAAAUAACGAACGGUACUCGCAUUCAGGUUAACCAGACUGGCACAACGCUGUAUUACCAGCCGGGUUUGUUGCAGGGGGGAAUCUUGGAGCAUACCUGCUGCAAACUCAAAAGUAUAUGUUACUAUUUAGAAGUGUUGUUAGUACUUGGCCCUUUCUUCAAAAAUCCUUUGAAUAUCACAUUAAAAGGUGUGACUAACAGUCAAGUUGAUCCAUCUGUGGAUUCAUUUAUUGGUGGUGCGAUUGCUGUCCUUAAAAGGUUUAUCGUAGUUGAUGAUGGCUUGGAGUUGAAGGUUAAGAAAAGAGGAAUGGCACCAGAAGGUGGGGGUGAAGUGGUUUUCAAAUGCCCUGCGAGGAGGACUUUGAGGCCCGUGCAGUUUGUGGAUUCCGGCAAAGUGAAGCGAAUUCGUGGAACUGUGUACGCAGUGCGCGUGUCGCCAGCAAUUGCCAAUCGCAUUGUCUCUUCAGCAAAGGAGGUGCUCUUGCAAUGCUUACCGGACGUGUACAUACACACGGAUCACAAUCGCGGACCCAAAUCCGGCAAGUCGCCUGGAUUUGGCGUGUGUUUGGUGGCAGAGACGACCAAUGGCGUGUUUUACACUGCAGAAGCCGUGUCUAAUCCGUCGGGAUCUGCCGAGGUGUCAGUUCCUGAAGACAUUGGAAAACUAGCUGCCUUUAAUCUGAUGGAAGAGAUAUACAGAGGUGGCUGUGUGGAUUCAACAUUCCAGAGCAUUGCUGCUAUGUUGAUGACAUUAUCCCCUAAAGAUGUGUCAAAAAUUGUAGUGGGUCCACUAUCGCCAUACACCAUUCAGUGCUUGAGGCAUAUCCGGGACUUCUUUGGUCUCACAUUCAAGCUAGAGCCAUUUAAAACCUCAGACGAAGAAGAGGAAGAACUAAAGCUUGGUGGAGUGAAAAUUAUCAUGUCUUGCAUUGGCAUAGGUUACAUCAAUUAUAGCAAAAGAACUAUGUAAACCCAAUGUGUGUGUAAAUGUUAAAAUUGUGUAUUAUCUAAGGAUUUCAGACGUCUGAUUUUGCAAAAAAAUUAAAAAAAAAAAAAAAAAACUGACAGAAUAGUAUGGAAAAAUUUAUGUAAGAAAUGUGUAUUUACAUCAGGUUGCAGAUAGUUUGUGUUAUAUAGGCCCAAAUGUAGGUAUUACUGCAGAUAUUGUUUAGGAUGAAGCAAAAGUUACUUAUAACUUUUGACCCCACAUUCUGUGAUGUUAAGGAUCAAUAAUUGUACAGUUAAAUACUUACCUAACUAUUUUUUUUUAAUUUUUUUUUAUAUCAAAGGGGUCAUGAAUUAGUGUGUAGCGUAUAUUAUAGAAAAAAAAUUAGCAUCUAUUUUUUGGCAAUUGCAUUUUGAAAACUACUUCCGUUUUAAAUUUUUAGAUCAAAUUGGGCACAGAUUUCACAAACUAAACAUAACCCAGUGUGUCAGGAAAGUCAGUGAAUUUACCUGAAAUCCUGUAAAUAGAGGUGGAAAUUAUGUAGUAAUGAUUUUAAUGCAAAAAUGUGUGCUCAAUUAUGUCAUCAACCAAACUAUAAAAGCACCCCCAUCCAGAUUUCAGGGAAUAAUCACACACACUAUAAAAUGAAUAAAGUAAAGAAAGGACUACGCCAGCUAUUAAAAUGGUGGAUAGUUUUUUUUUUGGCAUGAAAACUUCUAUUUGUUCAUCACAGUGAUAGUCGGUCUAACUUUCUUGUGUGAUAAAAUACAAUUGCUAAUAACUAGGAGACUAGUAAUGUGUCAAAAUGGUUGAGCCCACAAUGGAUAGGAUAGUUUUUUUUUAGGCAUGAAAACUUCUAUUUGUUCAUCACAGUGAUAGUCGGUCUAACUUUCUUGUGUGAUAAAAUACAAUUGCUAAUAACUAGGAGACUAGUAAUGUGUCAAAAUGGUUGAGCCCACAGAUAGAUCAUGUCUUGGUUUGAAUUUAUCGGACAUUUUCUCUAAAAAUUUACAGCACGUACCCGAACUGGGCCUUUAUUCAUUUCCCCCCCUGAAAAUAGCAAAUUAUAAAUAAAAAUAGUCAGGGAAAUUUUAUCACAGAUUUGCGUGGACACCCUGAGACUAUAUAUGUACCUAGUUUGAAGAUACUCUCUAUAGAGAUGCCUAUUUCAGGAUUCCAAUUCAGAAUGGCCACGCCAGUCUGCAGCAUGAGUUGUUAUUUCAUGGUUUCUUACGGGCACAUUCUAAACGGCUUCCAACUUUUUGAGAAAUUAAAGUUUGUAAAGCAUAUUAAAGAUUAGUUAUUGCAAAACAA